AUGAAGCGUCCGGCAAGUGCACAGAAGAAGGCCAAGCCGGCGAAGGCGGCAAAGUAUGGCGACGACCCGCUGACAGUGAGACGGCAGCUCUUCGAAGCCGGAGGCCUUAUGGUUCCAAACACCUACGAGGGUCCCCAGCUUUGGACACUGGCGGGCCCUGGGAUUGGCAAGUUUGCAAAAGCCAAGCCCGUUGAGCUGAUCUACUUUGCACUCCGGAGCCUGGGACAGUUGCCCCAGAUGUGCUUGGAGUACGCCGGGUAUCCUUACAUGCUCAAGGUCGUCACAUCUCCGGAAUUCCGGGAGAAGCUGAAGCCGACGCUCAUCUUCGGGCGUUUGCCACUUCUUCGUACACUGAAGGGAACGGAAUUGGUGCAGUCGAAGGCCAUCCUCCGAUAUGUCGCGAACCUCUGCGGGCUGGCAGGCAAGGGUGAGGACGAGAGGGCAAGUUGCGACAUGCUGCAUGAAAUGCUGCAGACAGAGGGCAAGAUUGAUGGAGGUGCACUGGCGGCACUCCAGCCCGACCUAGUCACGGCCAUGCAGGGGCAGACUGACAUGAAGGCCAUCUCGCGGCGCGAAUUCUUGGAUUUCGACAGCACGCAGAAGGCGGUGGCUGCCCUGAAGUGUUGGAGCGACUUGCUGGAGAAGUCCUCUUCAGGCUGGUUGCUCGGCAGCCUUGGCAAAGGCCAAGGCCAAGGCUCGGUGAGCUACGUGGACUUGGCACUCUACUGGGAGCUGCAGGAGCAUGUCCAGAAGCUCCAGGACUGUGGCUUCCCACUGUUGGCCUCCUAUGUGGAGAAGGUUGAGGGGCUGAAGGGCAUCCAAAGAUUUCUGCAGUCCAACCGCAUGAUGCCCAAGACAGGCGAUGGUUACUUGUAUGUCGGCGAUCGCUUGGUCCCCAAGCCUGAGGAUUGA